AUGGCGGCGGCGGGAACCGGCCCUGGUCCGGGAGCUAGUGCCGGACCCGGCUCGACAGCAGCCCCAAGUGCAGCUGCUGCGGAAGAGGGAGAGACGAAGUCGGUGGUGGCGGUAGCAGCCGCUCCAACCGGAGAGGGGACGUCUGCUGCUCCAGCAGCAGAGCCCAAUUCCGUAGAAGCCGAAAGCGGGGAUGCAAAUUUAGUUGAUGUAAGCGGUGGUUUGGAGACAGAAUCCUCAAAUGGAAAAGAUACACUAGAAGGUGCUGGGGAUACUUCAGAAGUAAUGGAUACCCAGGUAGGGUCUGUGGAUGAAGAGAAUGGCCGACAGUUGGGAGAGGUGGAGCUGCAGUGUGGAAUAUGUACAAAGUGGUUCACAGCAGACACUUUUGGCAUAGAUACCUCAUCCUGUCUACCUUUCAUGACCAACUACAGCUUCCAUUGUAAUGUGUGCCAUCAUAGUGGAAAUACCUAUUUCCUCCGGAAGCAAGCAAACUUGAAGGAAAUGUGCCUUAGUGCUUUGGCCAACCUAACGUGGCAAUCCCGAACCCAGGAUGAACAUCCAAAAACCAUGUUCUCCAAAGAUAAGGAUAUUAUACCAUUUAUUGAUAAAUACUGGGAGUGCAUGACAACUAGACAGAGACCUGGGAAAAUGACGUGGCCAAAUAACAUUGUUAAAACAAUGAGUAAAGAAAGAGAUGUAUUCUUGGUAAAGGAACACCCUGAUCCUGGGAGUAAAGAUCCAGAAGAAGAUUACCCCAAAUUUGGACUUUUGGAUCAGGAUCUUAGUACCAUUGGUCCUGCUUAUGACAACCAAAAACAAAGCAGUGCUCUGUCUACCAGUGGGACUCUGAAUGGAGGAAUUACAGCAGGAAGCAGUGGAAAGGGAAGAGGAGCUAAGCGCAAACAGCAGGACGGAGGGACCACGGGGACUACCAAGAAGACCCGGAGUGACCCUUUGUUUUCUGCUCAGCGUCUUCCUCCUCAUGGCUACCCUUUGGAACAUCCAUUUAACAAAGAUGGAUAUCGAUAUAUUCUAGCUGAGCCUGAUCCCCAUGCCCCUGACCCUGAGAAGCUUGAACUUGACUGUUGGGCAGGAAAACCUAUUCCUGGAGACCUCUACCGAGCCUGCUUAUAUGAACGGGUUUUGUUAGCCCUGCAUGAUAGAGCUCCCCAGCUGAAGAUAUCUGAUGACCGACUGACUGUGAUUGGAGAAAAAGGAUACUCUAUGGUGCGGGCCUCUCAUGGGGUACGGAAGGGUUCCUGGUACUUUGAAAUCACUGUGGAUGAGAUGCCCCCAGACACUGCUGCUAGACUGGGUUGGUCCCAGCCCUUAGGUAACCUUCAAGCUCCCUUAGGUUAUGAUAAAUUUAGCUAUUCUUGGCGAAGCAAAAAGGGAACCAAAUUCCACCAGUCCAUUGGCAAACACUACUCUUCUGGCUAUGGACAGGGAGACGUCUUGGGAUUUUACAUUAAUCUUCCUGAAGACACAGAGACAGCCAAGUCACUGCCUGAUACUUAUAAAGAUAAGGCUCUAAUAAAAUUCAAAAGUUACUUGUACUUUGAAGAAAAAGACUUUGUGGAUAAAGCAGAGAAGAGCCUAAAGCAGACUCCCCAUAGUGAGAUAAUAUUUUAUAAAAAUGGUGUCAAUCAAGGUGUGGCCUACAAAGAUAUUUUUGAAGGCGUUUACUUUCCAGCUAUCUCACUGUACAAGAGCUGCACGGUUUCCAUUAACUUUGGACCAUGCUUCAAGUAUCCUCCAAAGGAUCUUGCUUAUCGCCCUAUGAGUGACAUGGGCUGGGGCGCUGUGGUAGAACACACUCUGGCUGACGUCCUCUAUCAUGUGGAAACUGAAGUGGAUGGGAGGCGGAGUCCCCCAUGGGAACCCUGA